UUAUUCAACAUAGCAAUACAUGCGCGUAUUAACAGGGAGAAAUUCAUCCCAUUCUCAUAGAUCCGCCAGGCACCCACGUGGUUUUAACCUGAUUGAUGCCGAUACUAUUUUCGUGUAAAGAACAUAUCGGCAAAUUUCGGUAAUCCGUCAAGAAUGAACGCCAGCGUGGCUUGAAAAAUGAUUUCAAGAACAUUUGGGUUCUGCAAAGUGUUUUGAGGGGAAGAUAUUUAUGAACAUUACUGGGCACAUGCUGGUAUGCUACAAUAAAUAUUGAACCACGAGGAGAGAUCAAGUAUUAACAAAAUAUUAAUGGAGCACACUACGAUGUAAUUAUAACUUUUACAAGAUAGGUAGAGACAAAAUGUGGAUUUUUUCGCGGACUUUAUUUCAGCAUUUCACAUCGGACUAAAUGCUCUAAAUGUGAAUGAUUGCUUCAUGACCUGAAAUGUGACCAAAGCAUUGAAAAUUUUGAAAUACUUAAUAUCCAUGUACAUUAUAGUGGAACAACGGGUAACAUAAUGAACAUUUACUGGAAAGGUCUGGAAGUGUGUGUGCAAGAAAUGUUACACUUAAAGUAGCAGUCAUUAAUAUAUGAACUGCAUCGGUUUGAAGAUAAAUUAACGCUUUGUAUAAAACUGGUUAAAUACAGCAAUGGAUAUGAACAUCUUAGUGAUACUCGGGUUACUGUUGUUGUCAACCGGCGAAUGCAGUGGGUAUGGGGGUAUUGUUCAGAGGCCAGAAAAGCACAUUCUUCGGGUCUUCAAAACUAGGAAAGAUUUCUUGGACUUCAUAACCAACGAGCUGAAGUUUGAGAACAAUGUUCCACCCGACUAUGACGAUGAUUAUGCAACCUUGAUAAAAUGCGAGAUGCACGUGGAGAACUUCGAUUCCAUCAACGAGGCGAACAUGGAUUUCACGGCGACGGUGCUUCUGCACCUGACCUGGUAUGACCACCGCUUCAGCAAGUACCAGAUCCAGAACAUGGAGGAGGGCUACGUGGAGAUUGACGCCAAGAACCUCGAGAAACUCUGGGUACCGGACCUCUACUUCCCGAACGAGAAACGGGCCUACUACCACAACGUCCUCAUGCCAAACAAAAUGUUGCGAAUUUACAAAGGAGGAGAAGUUACUUACUCGACAAGACUGUCGAUAACGCUUAGUUGCCCAAUGGAUUUCCGCCAUUACCCAUUCGACAAGCAGACUUGCAAGAUCGAAAUGCAGAGCUUCUCGUACAACGACGGAAACAUCCAGCUAAUGUGGAGUAACAGCACCCAUGGCGGCCCCGUGUUCCUGGAUGAGAGCACCGACCACAUGCCCCAGUUUGAGGUCAUCCAUGUGGAACCGGACGCCUUCUCUAUGCCCAGAGGGGAUCUAGGUAACCACAGCUGCCUAGAAGUGAAGUUUACCCUUGCUCGAAACAUUGGUUAUUACCUCGUGCAGAUGUACAUUCCCAGCGUCCUGGUAGUCAUGUUGUCCUGGAUUUCCUUUUGGUUGAACGUUAACGCAGUACCGGGACGAAUUUCUCUGGGAGUUUUAACAGUGCUCACCAUGACUACCCAGAGUUCCGGCGUGAAUGCGUCACUUCCUCAUGUGUCGUACACGAAGGCUAUCGAUAUAUGGAUGUCCACGUGCUUGAUGUUUGUGUUUCUAGCCCUAAUCGAGUUCGCUGUGGCAAAUGUGCUCAUGCGAAAAGAUAUGAACAAAGGUUUCAAAUGGAAAAACAUUUUCAGCAUUCCAAACAGCGCGGCAUUAAAUAACAAAUAUGAGGACGGUAGAGACCCCGAGCCUGGCAACGAAAGUGUCUCUAAGGUGCCAGCGAAGAAGAAGCCGGUGAACAUGGGGAUGCGCUACGCCAUGUAUUGCGAUGUGGGCUCUAGAAUUCUCUUUCCGGUCCUGUUUGCCAUCUUCAACAUCAUCUACUGGGGAUAUUACCUGACGCAAUUGAAUAAAAAUUUACCGUAAUCGUGCCCAUGGUACCCCGUCUUUAACUGCGGCUACCACCUUGGGAACUUGAAUUAGUAUUUGAUCAACGCCAAUACUUUGAAGAGAGCUUGAUUGACCAAUAAUGCAAAUACAACAUCCGCAUAGUCUACUUACAUCAGUUGACCCGCGUCAUGCGAAAAUGGGUAUUAUGCCUUAUGCUAUCAGCAUAGCCUCCAUAGCUCAGUCGAUAAGGCGCUUGCUGAAAUCCAGAGGUCUCGGGUUCGAUCCCGGGUCGGGGCACAUACAUGCCAGUCAUGUUUCAGUGGAAUGCUGACUGACAAAUAAAGGCUUAGCUCGGCAUUAAGACGUGUUAAGACGCGCAAUCUGGUCAAUCUUCUAAGUUCCGAUAUAAAGUUAGGCAAGGUUUUGUAGUUUCAUAUGCUCCAACUCAGACUCCUCAAAUGAGGCCUAUUUUCGCAUAACGCAGGUCAGUUUGUUUUAAGAUUGAAAUGACUGUUGUUAACUAGAUCCAAAUGUCUUUAUAACAAUUUCGGAAAGUAAACGUUUUCAAACGUCAAGGGUACUUUAUGUAAUACUUAUAUUGAAUUUAUUUCUUGUGUUAUGAAUUGUGCAUUAAACAUGCUUCGUCGAUCUACCAUAUAUUCAUCAGCCAUCAGUGCCAGGUAGGUAGUCUGCAGACGAAAUGUGUUUUUUUUUUUCAGGAUUAACGAUACUACGAACUGGAUGAUUUGAUUGUCAAAUAGGCCAAAAUAUUAUUGCACCAACAAAUUAGAUGGAAAUUUAUAUAAGUAAAACAUUAAAAACUAUUGAAUCAUUCACGUCUAUGCUAUUGAAUAUAUAAACUAUGUACAUGUAUAAAUGGGACGACAUAAGGCUCUAUACUUCAUUUAUUGCAAAACUGAAUAAUCCAUAUUGUUUUAAAACGAACCUAAUUAAAAGUGUAAAAUUAUAAAUUUCCGAACUUUAUGAUGUUUCUACUGGUAAUAUCUACCAAACAAGUGAUUUUUUACCAAAAUUGUCUGGCGUCAUAAUCCAUCGCAUUCAUAAAGUGUCGUGUCGUGCUGCUGUAGACAGUUCAGUUGUUAUAGUUGUGUGAAUUUAUUUGUACAUUUAAGUGCGUGUAUAAAUGACGAAUAGGCAAUGUAGGUACCUAUACGUGUAGGUACGUGUAUAUGUAGGUACGUGUAUGUGUAGGUACAUGUUGUAGGUAAGUGUUUGUGUAGGUACGUAUAUGUUUAGGGUCGUCCAUUUUAUAUUAUAGAAAUUGUCUCAUGCAAAGCACAUGUUCUGUUUAUGUAAGUAAAGAAAUGUAUGGUAAUUUAAAUGUGUGUGUGUGUGUUGUUCUGUUCAUUAACUUGUUUAAUGAUUGCUCGUGAUGUUUAAUAAUGCAUAAUCAUUGGAUAUUGUGCUUCCAUUUUUACAGCAUGCGAUUGUACUUUUAAGCACAAUAUUUGUUGUUUUUCGAUAGGAGAUUUAUUACGUAUUGUUAUUAAAAUCAUUAUUUAUUGAUUAAUGCACCUCAUUUAGUUAUAUCAGAAAAUUAUACAACGUUUAAAACUAUAAGAUCUGUUGUACUAUAAACGCUAAUGUGUCAUUAACAAAUUCCUUGUUAAUAUAUAAAACAUGUAAUAAAAUAUGUCGACAUGAUAAAUAAAAAAAAGACACAUUUUAUCAAAUUGCAAUCUUCAAUUUGUAUCAUUGUAUACAAUUUGGAUUAUGUAUCACGUUUUUAAAUCCCUGAUAUUACAAACACAAUUGAAUGGAGCCUCAGAUUAACUUUACAAAAUACAACAUUGCUGAGAAUACUAGUUUUCAAUGAAAAAGCGAACACAAUAAAUAAGUCAAUACAAUGAAAUACUUUCUCCAGUUCUUCUGCAAAAUGAAGUCGCCUAUUCUGAAAAGAUAAACAUAUAUUAUAUUAUCUUUGGAUUGUUUUUUUAAAGUUUAUGUUUCAGUAUUACCAUGGACUAUUGAAUUUUGUAUAAUAAUGUACUACAACUACAGAUCCGAAAUAAAUCAAAUAAAUUA